ACAUCAUCUUAAUAAUAAUAAUCAUACAUCUAUACACGGUCUGUGCUACCCCAGUGCACGGUGUAUCUGCGUGUGGCCGGCAUAAGUAGAAAUCAGGGCUUCCUGGUCGGCGGUGGUAGCGUGCUCUACUGUCCUUUCCUUUCCUCUGGAGAAGAGACAAUAUACUGGCAGCAGAAGACAAUGAGCGGUGGUCUUGCACCCAGUAAAAGUACUGUGUAUGUGUCUAAUCUACCCUUCUCGCUGACCAACAAUGACCUCCAUAGGAUUUUUUCCAAAUAUGGACAAGUAGUCAAAGUUACUAUUUUAAAGGACAAGGAGUCCCGUCGAAGUAAAGGAGUCGCAUUUGUUUUAUACCUAGAUAAAGAGCCUGCACAGAAUUGUGUUAGAGCUCUAAACAACAAACAACUGUUCGGCAGAUUAAUAAAAGCAAGCAUUGCAGUAGACAAUGGCAGAGCAGCUGAAUUCAUCCGGAGGCGUAAUUACACUGACAAGUCCAGAUGUUAUGAAUGCGGGGAUACAGGUCACUUGAGUUAUGCAUGUCCCAAAAAUAUGUUGGGAGAUCGUGAACCUCCACAAAAGAAAGAGAAAAAGAAAAGGAAGAAGACCAUUGAAUUAGAAGAAGUUCCGGAAGAGGAACAGAGUGAAGAGGAAGGCGAAGAUCCUGCUCUUGACAGCCUUAGUCAAGCCAUAGCUUUCCAGCAAGCAAGAAUUGAAGAAGAAAAAUACAAAUUCAGACCGGCUUCAGGAGAAGCCUCUGCAUCCGAUGACUCAAGGCGACCGAGAAUUAAAAAAAGUGCAUAUUUCAGUGAUGAAGAGGAGUUUAGCGACUAAGUGUAUCACUAUAUUUCUAUAUUUCAAUUGUUUUUUGCCCACACAAGGAGAUUAGCCCAGUGCUCACUUUGUAGAUAUAAUUUAGUACUUAAUAAGCAUUUUUGAAAUUGGCUUCCUCUAAUGCGAUUACAUUUUUCCUCAUUACUUUGACAAAUCCAUAACUACAGAUAUUUUAUUUUUAUUGUGAAAUAGGUUCAAUAAUGUUUCUAGCUUAGUAUAAUAUAGCUUUUUGGGUAUUGCCAAAUUGCCACUUUCAUGUAUGUAUGUAUGUAUGUAUGUAUGUAUGUAUGUAUGUUCUGCAGAAUAUUAAAAUUUACUGUUCGAAAGCUCUUUAGUGACCAAAAGUAAUAGCUGAAUAUGAUGGAUUCUUUCUUGUCACUUAAAGGAAACACAUUAAGAGUUCGGGCUGUGGUUGAAGUGUAAUCUGCAUCAGUGACACCAUGUGGUUUUUCAAUCUCCGCAUUCUUAUAAUGAAAAAGCAUCUCUUGACAUACAUCUGUCUACAAUUUACUGGAAGCAGGGAGAAGCAUUAAUAAGCUCUGAAAUAUGAAUAACUCUGUGAGUGGGGGUCAUGUUUAGACCUGGUGACAUGUAUCAGGUUACAGGUGUAAUUGAUAAUGUGAAUGAGCCAUUAAUCUGUUCAUUUUAUUAUUUGGUGUAUGAUUUGGAAAUUGUUUUGAUUUUUGUAUGUGACGGCCAUACUUAUUUGAAAAAGCAUAUUGCCUAUAA